ACUAAUGUUCCGUUUGACCAAAACUGGAAAAGAAGGGUGGAUUUUUCGGUUGGGGUGGGGUACCUCGUCAAAAGACGAAAUUAUGAAUGUUAAAAACUCCAGACAACGAUGGCAGUAUGCACUGUUGUAUCUUCUUAACUUGUAAAUAAGAUACCGGUGGAUAAUCUCCGUUGUAGACAUUGUUUUAUGGCGGGUCUGUCUUAUUUAGUGUUCCGUUUUUCGGGGUCCGCUGGUCGGACUUAUGGGGUGUUUUCUAAAGGAUUGACGAGGACUUUGUUGAUAUUUUUUGAUCUCGCUUGGCGACUGCGAAUCAGAUUCCCAUACCUCUACCUCAUCGCUUCGAUGAUGUUCAAUGUGCGAUUACAGGUCCAUAUUGAGAUUCACUGAGUGUGUUACAACUGCCACACUUGAGGACCCAACACUCCUGACUGCUCAUUAGUGGGCAUCCUCAGUCAGAACUUCCCGAAGAGACUCUGCAGACCUCACACAAUCAACAAUGUGGAAGAGGGCAAUAGUAUCAGGGGCCAGUGUGACAAUGCGCAAUGUUACACGACCGUUGUCUCAGCCACCCCUUGUCAUAGGAACUCAGUGCCUUUGCUUGGGAAGGACACCAUGAUGAUGUCAUUAACAAUGGCCACCGGGGUGUGCAGAGAUCUGUGAGGUUGUACUGGGAGUACUCACAGCCACUCGCCACCAGAGAUUCUUGAGCUACCCAUCUGGUCAGUGGAGACAUAGGAAAGGAUGACCAGUGGAAUUCGACACUGCCUUUUUGUCGCAGACCACAAGGAGGACUGAGAAACAAAAAUUACAAUGACAACAAUGGAAUGAAUGUUUUUGGAACCUUUGUUAUUUCUUCUUCCUCUUAGAGUUGUGUUUGACGUGUUCAUCAGUGCUCAUCUGUAGUCGCCUCCGAAGGAAAACUGGAAACUUCCCCUCAUAAUGAAACACAAGUAUCCACUAGCUUGCAUCUCCACCGCAUGACAUAAACCAGUGCAUGUUUUCUAUUCUCAGUGGUUUGGGCAUUUUUUUUGGAGCGGUUUUUGAAAAAAAAUUCCCAAUGGAAAGAUGGUGCAGUGAGUUGGAAAGUGGAAGAGGAUACAUUUCAGUGUAGCUCAGCAGGGCUAUUGUUACAACCUUUCAGUGUAGCUCAGCAGGGCUACUGUUACAACAUUUCAGUGUAGCUCAGCAGGGCUAUUGUUACAACAUUUCAGUGUAGCUCAGCAGGGCUAUUGUUACAACAUUUCAGUGUAGCUCAGCAGGGCUAUUGUUACAACCUUUCAGUGUAGCUCAGCAGGGCUACUGUUACAACCUUUCAGUGUAGCUCAGCAGGGCUACUGUAACAACCUUUCAGUGUAGCUCAGCAGGGCUACUGUUACAACCUUUCAGUGUAGCUCAGCAGGGCUACUGUUACAACCUUUCAGUGUAGAUCAGCAGGGCUACUGUUACAACCUUUCAGUGUAGCUCAGCAGGGCUACUGUUACAACCUUUCAGUGUAGCUCAGCAGGGCUACUGUUACAACCUUUCAGUGUAGCUCAGCAGGGCUACUGUUACAACCUUUCAGUGUGGGUACGGUCACCUUUCAGUGUGGGUACGGUCACCUUUCAGUGUCGGUACGGUCACCUUUCAGUUAUAGAAAUGGCAAGGUGCUUGUUGUGUAAUGUGCAUCCUUAGUGUCACUUCUUCUCACUGAUUUGGAAUGGAAUGUUGCAGUGUAGGUGUCAGACAAACAGGAAGGAUCCAGGAAAGGAAUGACUGCAUGACACACAAACACACUUGUCACCCACUUCUCUCUAUCGGUCAAUGGAGGUGGCAUUUUAGAUUUGAAAUAAAUGGUUUAUGAUUUUGUCUUAGGUAUGCACUCAUCCUUAUUUCUCAGUAAAGUGUUUGUGGGUUUUGUCAAUUCUCGAGUCACUGUAUUAAAAGGGUAAGGAAUUGAAUAUGGUUGUACAUCCUUGGAAACAAUACAUUAUUAAACAAUCAACUAUUUCUGUCA